AUGGCUGGGGUAUUUAGAUUCUGCUCAAACUGUGGCGUUGAGCAGCCUAUUAGCAAAAAAUUGUGUGGAAACUGCCAACAAAACCUCAGAAAACGCGAGAGUUUGGACAAGAAAACUUUGCUGGCUGAACGAUACAAAAAAACAGCAUUCCACUAUUUGAAAGGAGCAAUGAAAAAAAAGGUAGAUGCUCUUCAUGCAAAAGAUUGUGAGGUAAUAGUAAUUGGCUACCACCGUGAUGAGCAGAGGAGCAAUCUCUGGUCUUAUAGCCCAAAAGACAGUAUUGGUGAAAAAUUUUUGGAGCAUGAGUUUGGGGAAUAUGUCGUUAAACUGUUUGCUGAGUAUUUGGAAGACAAAGCCAAUGAUACUGACUAUUCAGAAAGAGCAACUUCUGCAACAUCAUCAAUAUCGCCAGCAACUUCUGCAACAUCAUCAAUAUCGCCAGCAACUUCUGCAACAUCAUCAAUAUCGCCAGCAACUUCUGCAACAUCAUCAAUAUCGCCAGCAUCUUCUGCAACAUCAUCAAUCUCAAGAGCAUCUUCUGCAACAUCAUCAAUCUCAAGAGGAGUUUCGUAUUUCGUUGAUGGUAAUCCUGUUGCUGUUGGGAAAGUUUUGCCAAAUAUGAAGCAAAGUGAUGGUGCAGUUAUUCCCCCAGAUCACGUUUGCGUGAUGAUUUUGGCUGUAACAAAGAAGAUUGCUGCGCCAAUUUGUUUCGAUACCUCUUCCGAAGAAAAGAAGUUCCUGACCCCAGGCGUUUGCUAUGCUCUUCCAAAAACAUUUAUUUUUUGUAACGUUGUUCGUGAUGGAAAAUUGGCAUUUAAAGCAUUAAACACCUGAUAUCUCUUUGUUGCUUA